GGAAUGAGUUUCGUUAACAAAGCAGCAUCCAAAAUGUCGGGAGAGGUGUAUCUCCUGUGGCUCAUCUCGCUUCUAAAAACGCUGUCGGCGUAUGGAGCUGACCUGUCUUCAGAGGCGUGCAGGGAGCUGGGCUUCUCCAGCAACCUGCUGUGCAGCUCCUGUGACCUGCUUGGGGAGUUCAGCCUCACCAAGCUCCAGCCUGAGUGCGGACAGUGUUGCCAACAGGAGGCCCUGAUGGAAGCACGCAAGCUUUAUGCUGGAGCCAUCCUUGAGGUGUGUGGAUGAAAAUUGGGGAGGUUCCCUCAAGUCCAAGCUUUUGUCAGGAGCGAAAAGCCAAAGAUGUUUAAGGGUCUUCAGGUCAAGUACGUGAGAGGCUCAGAUCCUGUGCUAAAGCUCUUGGACGAUAACGGGAACAUCGCUGAAGAACUCAGCAUCCUCAAGUGGAACACAGACAGCGUGGAGGAGUUUCUAAGUGAGAAAUUAGACCUUAUAUAGACACAAGUACACUUUUUUUUUCUUCUAGUGAAAAGUUCUUGUACCAGUUUACAAAUUUAAACAUAGUUCAUUACUUGCUGUUUGGUAUAACUGUGCAGAUAAUUUUUGUUUAGUGUGCUGAGGUUGUGAACUGUCCACUCUGAGAUUUGUGCCUGUCAGGUGAAUACAAUCUUUGUCAUGUACUCACAGCACUUUCAAUUACAUUUGAAAUAUUCAUAAGCAAUGCCUGUUUUCUGAAACUGUGCCCUGAUUAGUGCUGACUAGCCACUUACCACACAGACAGCAGUGUUCAUCUGAACUACUCCGUUUGAGAGAGAAUUAUGAAACAGGAAUGCUCUAAUAAAGAAAGAGAUUUAAAAACAAAAACGUAUCUGCACAGUUAGAAACUACGGGAGCAAAUAUAACAAACGGUUUCCUAUAGUUCAGUUAAUCAGACCCUUUUAGUUAUAUACCAAUUUGUACACAACUGGGCCUUGAUAGUUGGUUGUUUCAUAACUGUUUUUUCGGACUGUUUUUGUAUGUGAAAUUCAUGAACUUUUUUUCUGGAUUUUAACAAAUGACUUAUGCAAGUGAGUGUGAAGCAACAUCAGAGUCCAGAAGGGCAGCACACCUGAAAUAAUGAUCAACGAACUUAAGAAGACUUAAUAGACUGUAAUAGUGCAUACAUAAUUCCAUUGUCCAUGUGUGGGAGUUUGUUUCCUCUCUGUCUGAUAUUCUUGUAUAAUUAUUUUUUAUAAUGUGGAACAUUGUGACCGAUUAGAUUUGUCGCAAGACUAAAUGAUCAUAGUUUCUCCACAAUGCAGAUAUCUCUGCUGAAGCACAGAUUAGUGAAGAGCUCACAGUAAACCAGUGUUGGGAUGUGAGGUCUGAUGUAUCUUUGUGUUUUUGUGCAUCUUCUGCUUUGGAAGGGAAACUGAUUUAUUUUGAAUGCUUGCUUCGAGGUUGAGGUUUAAGUACACAAAGAAAUUAAUAAAGUCUCCGAUGGUUUA